CAGCCAGCCAGCCAGCCAGCCAGCAGCUCCAUCCACCCUCCCACCACCCACUCCCACACGCCCCAUCACCCCCACCCACCAUGGCAUCCAUCCUCGAUCCGCACUACCUCUGGGCAUUCGGGCACCUCACCGUGCUCGUCAACUCUGCCUACAUCCUCCUCCAGACGCUCCUUUUCCGCGGAACCCCAACCACACCGUACCGCAUCCUGUACCUCGGUGCGCUGCUGUCCUACUCGAUUGUCGUGUUCAAGUCGCUCGGCCGGCCGACGGGCACGGCGUGGUUGCGCCGCGCGUUUGUCGACGAGAAUGCGCAGUAUGGACUCUUGGCGUUUUACUGGCUCAUCUCCAAGCCCAUCAACGUCACGAUCCUUCCAUUCGCGACAUUCUCCCUGUUCCACUGCGCAACCUUCCUUCGCACUAACAUCCUCCCCAAGUUCUACCCUAAAGUCCCAGCCGGCGCCCAGCGCCCGCCACCCAACUGGGCCGAGAGCCUCGGCCGCAAGAUUCAGCUCUGGGUCAAGGGCAACUACGACAAGGCCAUGAACUUUGUGGCCUACGCCGAGAUCCUCAUCCUCGUCCGCGUGACCCUCGGUGCGCUCACCUUCCGCGGCUCGUUUGUCGCUCCCCUCUUCCUCGCCCACUUCAUCAGACUCCGCUACCACGCCUCGCCGUUCACGCGCUCGACCAUCAACACGAUCGGCGCAAAGAUUGACCAGCUCGCCGCUGGCCACCCCGGUGCCAUCCAGAACACCUGGACCACGGUCAAGCGCGCCAUCCACACCUGGGGCGGCGGCAACCUCGUCCCCCAGCCCGGACCUGCGCCCGCCGGCGGCCCCGCGCCUGCCGCUCCCAGGCAGUAAGCCUGUUGAGCGACGCGAGCACCUCGUGCCCAGCAGCAGCAGCAGCAGCCUUAACACCAACUUAAUCCUCCCCCCGACCCUCCUCCGUACCCCACACACACGCACCCUCUAAUCCCCUCCCCCAUCUCGUCACCAAUCACCCCCGGUCCCUCUCAGCGACAUGCCUGCCGUGCAAGUCUCUGAGCGUUGGCUAUUGUUAGAUAACCGCCCUAUUGCGCCGUAGCCGAGGCACCCCGCAUAUGCGUGCGCGCGCAAGUUGAAUGCAGUCGUAGUUACCAGCGAG